AUGCGUGAUGGCGACUCCAAAGUCGGUCUGCUACAAAUCGGCCGGGAGUUGUGCAAUCCGAUUCUCAAAAGGACCGCGGCAGCGCGUGCUAGGGCGAUCUCGCCUCACUCCCGCAAUCAAGGAGGUUGGACAGCCGAACUGACCACCGGCAACCCCCUGUCGGAAUGGGGGUUGGGGUCCAGGCGCCAUGCUGGGAUGGACGAGGUUUUCAGCUCGCAACAGGACAGCUGCAAGCUCGGCAAAGUGGCGGGACGCGACGAGACGGGCUGGGGGAGGUUGGGGAACACCGCCAACCUGGACUUUGAAGCCCGUGUCCCGGUCCCUUUCAGCGUCUUCCCGUCAUCGUACAGGGAGUCCGAGACCGCCACCCAAACCCACAUCCACGAAGAGGUUGAGAUCAAGCUCCCCCAGCUCGCCGGACGGGAAGGUCAACACUCUUCACCCCCAGCCCAAGCACAUCUUCCUCCCGCCGAAGAGGGUCGCUUCCGCGAAGAAGAGGUCCGCAUCACUCGUGAAGAGGAAACACACCGCCGUCCCGGCAUCCGCGAAGAGUUUGUUGUCCGCGAAGAAUACCGUCGCCCUCAGUCAACCUACACCGAGUCUCGUUACGAGUCCGAUAACCGUCGUCGCCCUCAAGAGUCUCACUCCGUCAUCGACGUUGCCGAGAGCGAGUACCGCUCCCGUGUCCAGCCCAACUACUACAAGGAAGCCAGCACUGUCGGCAGCACCGUCGACAGCUCCUACUCCGGCCACCACCACAAGGCCAGUACCAUCGUCGACGACUACACCGUUGACACCCCUUCUCCUCCUCGCUUGACCUACCACAAGCACGUCGACGUCGUCGAAGAGACCGUUGAUACCCCACGUCACACCCCGAAACCCAAGAAAUCUUCCAAGAUGGGCUACUACGACAGCGAAGGCCACUACCACUCCAUUCGCCAUGGACUCCACAAGUUAGCUGACCGCAUUACUCACCACCGUGAAGACGUUGACGUCUAUGAGGCUCGUGAGUCCCGUGGAUCCCGCGUUGGUUCGUCCGAGGGCCCCGCGCAAAGCGCCAACACGGUCACCAUCCCGAGCCACCAUGUCCGCCUUGGUGAUAUCCUGAUCCUCCAGGGCCGUCCCUGCCAGAUCAUCCGCAUCUCGACCUCGGCUGCCACUGGCCAGCACCGUUACCUUGGUGUGGACCUCUUCACCAAGCAGCUCCACGAGGAGUCGUCGUUUGUCUCCAACCCGGCGCCCAGCGUUGUGGUCCAGACCAUGCUCGGCCCCGUGUUCAAGCAGUACCGUGUUCUCGACCUGCAUGAUGGCACCAUCACCGCCAUGACCGAGACUGGCGAUGUCAAGCAGAACCUGCCCGUCAUUGACCAGAGCAACCUCUGGGAGAAGCUCAACAAGGCCUUCCAGUCUGGCCGCGGCAGCGUCCGCGUCCAGGUUGUCAGCGACAACGGCCGCGAGCUGGUUGUUGACAUGAAGGUCGUCCACGGCUCGCGCCUCUAA